CGCUCCCCGCCAUGUCCCUCCCCUCGCCUUCCUCCUCCUCCUCAUCGUCACCAUCAUCACCAUCAUCAACCGAGCCCUUCCGCCUAACAUUCACGACCCCCUCCCUGCGCAACACCGUGCUCGCCGACGCCUCCGACACGUUCUACUACGACAUCAGCACGCCCGAAUGGGCACCGUGCGACACCAACAUCCGGCGCCUCCCCGUCCCCGGCUCCGCGCGCGAGAGCCAGAGCCGGUUCGAGCAGGUCGCGCGCGUUAGGCUGCACCACGGGCGCGCGGUCGGGCUCGCGAUGUACGGCUGGGAGUGGGGCGACGUGAACAAGUUCGUUUGGGAGGCGAGGCCUCAAGCUCAGGCUGAAACUGAAAAGGGACCUGGGGGAGAGGAGAGCGGGUGGGAGUUCGAGGACGACGAUUGGAAUGUGUUUCGCUGGGAGGUGGUUGGGCAGCGGCUUGAGCUUCGUCGGGUCAGAAAAGAUUCGGGAAGGAGUUCGGCAAACGAGCCGCCGGUGGCUACUUUUCAUCGCCACAAGCGUUUCAUGAUGGUCGGCACCGUCUCGCAGCCCGCGACCCUCGACGUCGACCCAGCUGCUUUGGGCUCGCUCGAUUCGAUUGUUGUCGCGCUUCUUAUCGUCGAGAGCUUCCGGCGACACUAGUAAUUGGGAGCUAUACCGCCCGUUUCCACGCAUACCCUGUACGAUAUCUGCACCGCAGCCUGAGGAUCCGAGUAAAUGACGCGCUUUUCACGAAGAUUCUAUAAUGUAUCAUGUUGCACAUCUUGAUCACGGACAACAAUGUCUAUCGCGUAUUCCAUUCUAUCGCAUCUACCUAGCUAGUUAUUAAUCUCAACAUCAUGUAUACA